AUGAAAAGCCAUGCUUUGACUGGUUACUUAAUUCGACAGUUGGCAUAUGCAAUAAAUCGUUCUGUGACCUCGUCAAAUUCUAGAGUCAACAUAAGCAAGAUAUUCUUAUUAUCCUUGAUACUUUUGACUAUAUAUCCAGUUUUGGGUUCAAAUGUGUCUGCAUUUGAUCUGUGUGAGACUACAGCGAAGAGCAAAAGUGAUAUAUUCUCAAUAGGAACUCUAGCACAGAGGGACAUGGGUAUUGAAUUUUUGAAAGAUAAAGUGAACCAGCCCAAUAUAAGAGAAUUAAUAAAUAAUGUAUUGCAUUAUGAUGUGGAUUUAGAUUUAGAAAUGAGAAUAUUUUUUGAAUCAAUCGACUUAGAAAGCAUUGAUUAUAAUGUAAAUCACAUUUCUGUUCGAUGGCUUUCUAAAAGGCAAUGCUAUAUUCUAUAUUCCGUACUGAGUAUAUAUAGACGGAAUGAACAACCAAAUGAUUUUAGACAUGACAUAGUAAUUGGACGAUUGUUUGAUGAGGGUUGGAACGAGUUACAUGGUAGAAUUAUAACACAUACAGAUGUUGGCUUACCAGAGAAUUUUAAGAGUAGACUAGAAUUGCUUUAUCGAGAAUUUAACCUAUCAGAACUUUGCUUUUGGAGAGAUGAUGGCAACCAAAUUAACUUGGAGAACGAUGUUAAUGAAUGCAUUUUGAAAUUACGAAACUUAGACCCUAGUAGAUCUGAAGAACUUAAUACAUUAAUAUCAGAUGUUUUCAUAGCAUUUCCGAAUAUAAUCAAGCCUAUGACUUUGUCCUAUUGGGGUAAAAAUUACAUUGAUCAAAUGAUGUUUUUGAUAGCAAAGAAAAAAGAUGAACCUAUCCUGGUUUAUAGUGAACGACCUGAUUCGGCAAAUUCCAACAAGCGUUUUUUCUUGGCAAUGCCUUUUCACAAGCGUUUUACAACUCUCGAAUUAUUUAUUCCUAAAAUGUUUGCAAACAUUAUCGAUGACAAUUGGAAAAUUAAGCUUCCUGAGAUAAUAGAGAAUAAUUUCCAAGAUGAUUUUCUUCUUGAUACAAACGCGUUCCUUUUUGACAUAAAUGGUAAGUCCGAACACAAACUCUUUUGUCAACCAGAGCUAGCUUUGUGUAAUAGCGAUUUACAUCUGGAUUAG